AGCACGGUUUUUUAUUCGUUCUUUUGUUCAAGAUGGUGUCUGUUCCAGUGAAUUUUGAGUUGAAGUAUCAGCUAAGAAUUGUCAGUUUAGUUGCAAGGGGAUUGUUAUUCAAGAAAGUUCCGUUGUGUUAAAUGGAUCUUGAAAAGACACCAUUGAGAUUAUUCACAAAUUUUUUUAAACGCAAAAAGUCUGACCUCAAGUGCCACAUUAAAGUCAGCUCAGAAGACUGUGUCAACAGUGAUGAUACCACCGCAAAUCAUGGAGCUUGUUUGGUAUCAAGUUUAUCUGUCAGGGAUAUAGCUUUAAACAGAUGCCCGGCCUCACCUUGCACCAGCACGAUGCGAUGUCGAGACAUCAACCAGGAUAUGGAGGCCUUGAGAAUUUCACGCCAGGACAAUCCAUUUUUGCAAGUUUUGGCAAGUAGAGAAAGCCUUGCGGACAGCUUAGAAGAGCUUGAAUCUGAUGAUGUGAACCUAAUGGCACAGCAAGAAGCAGAUGUUGAUCCGUUAACUUUACCAGAUAUACAUCAGCAUAUGGUGAGAAGUCCACCGCCAGUUAGUUGGCCAAGAUCUCCUAUAUUUCGUUUUGAUUCUAGUCAAGAAAGCUUAGAGAAAACCUGCCUCUCACCUACGCCCAAGUGCUACCAAUCUCUCAAUAUUAUUCAUACGGGAUACGAAAGAGAAUCCAGCUCGCAGGCAAUGGAUUUGAUCGGUGGACUGAGUGGCCGGAAAUCAGAUGUUCGUUAAGUUGUUUUCAAUUAUCUUUAUUUUUGAAUGGUAGUUAUUUAAGAAUCCUAUGAGGAAAUCUGUAGAAAUGCACAAGAUUCAGACUAAAUUGAUCUCAGAAAAUGAUUCGUUUUGAAACAUUACGGUGAUAUUCAAGUGCCACUAGCACUUUUAGCAUUUUAUUAUUUAAAACAGUAACCUAUCCUGUGAACUUAACCUUCUGUAAAAUAUUUUCUCUCCAAAAAGCACCACUAGUCUUUGAAGAAAAUGAAGAUCUCUACUUCCCAAUUUACCUCAAUUUCAAAAUCCACAAAAAUGUGUUGUCUUCAGAUUGAAAGAAUCUAGUUCAAAAUCAUCCAAAGCAUCUUCAAUGUUUUUGGAAAAAAUCAUUGAAGGGAAUUCAAAGAACUUCCUCAGAGACGCUAGACUUAGGAUCAUUAAUUUUUGUACUGUUUCCUUACUGUUACAAGUUUUUUCUAAUUGAUUUCAAAAAACAAAAAACAAAAACGUCUGAAAUGACAUAUUUAUUGCUGGGUAGGUGAAUUUCUGCCGGUGGAUUUGGUCGACACAUUUGGUUCACUUUUGAGCCUAGUUUAACAGAACCGCCUACUCAUAAAGGAAAACACUUGCCAGAAGUCAAGAGCUUAACUCUGCGGCUUGAUGACUUGCGACCAAUGGUUGCAUCCAUCCAUUCCUCGACCCAUCGCAGGAGGUGGGUCGAGAAUUUUGGAUGUGGUCAUUAUUGCUAACAACAUGAAAACCUUAGGUUAUCGGCGCAAUGUUGCACCGAAGGAAUUUUAACGAGGCAUUUUUUUUGUUGUUGUUGUAACAAGGGUUAUCAGUAAGCCGAAAAACUUAACCUAAUCCUCUCGUGGAAAUUCGCCUUACUUAAUUAUUAGUAUAAUACAAAGUUUUAAUUAUAUCUGUUGCUGGUCCAACAAAGUUCCCCUUUGUAUAUUAGAAAAUAAUCAAUGAUAACUGAAGAAAUUAUGAUAAGAAACUUUUUCUCUUAACUUUAAUCAAUGUGCAACUUUUCACUUGCACUCAUCUUGGGUGAUGGAAGCCACCUGUAUUCAACUUGAGCCUGAAGUUGGAAGUAGCAUCCUCUCCUCGCACUCAGUGCACUUCAUCUAGUCAUUGAUGCUAUUUCAGUUGUUUCAUAACUCUCAAAACAAAACCCCUAAGGGUCCAAUUUUAAUUAUUUUCGACCAAAGUUUUCUCUCGUAAAGAUGAUCAGGAAAUUUGUAUUUCUGUGAUUAGUUCUCAUUGUAACCGUGAGCGAAUUCAUGAUUGUCUUAAAAUUGUUUGCUGAAGGUUUAGUUUCCUCCAGUUGCUGAGUGAAUUAAUACAAGCAGGCUAGUUGUUUCUGCGUUAAAUGGUUCCUCGGCUUUAUUGCUGUAUUGACCCGAAAGAAUGACCCGAGUAAGUGCUCUUGGGAAAAGGAACAUUUCUCCUCAUUGAUUUUACAUAAUCUCCACCCAUGUUUCAUUUUCUAAUUUUCUCCUCACUGUAUGUGCCAAUCUUCAUCACCCAACAACUAAAACUGAUGAGAGAGAGAAGAUUACCCUUGUCUUACUGUGCCAAUUGUUGAUGUAAUUUCAUUUCUUAAACGAUAAUUUCACCGCUCCAACCCCUACGGACUGUCAGGUGCCAGUACCCUUGGGUGACACCAUACAUAGGAGAAAUAGAGUAAAGGAAAAUAGGACAGAAAUGAUGGUCCUGUUUGAUUGGACAUUCAAUUUAAUUUAAUAAAUGAGUGACAGUCUUCCAUAAUUUUUAAAAACAAAGAAAUACACCAAUUUGACAAUGAAUGGAGAAAAGAAAUGAAAUGAAAUGAAAUGAAGGGUUAUUCUAAGGCACAUUGAAUUGCCAUGUGCUAACCACGGAUGGAUUCGAGGCAGAGGAAAGAAAUUAAUUGUGAAAUUGUUCGAAUUAUUCCAAUAAAAGCGUAGUUUGAAUUAGAAGAUCAAGAAAAUGAGAUGAGAUCUCCCACAGCAGAUGACGCUCUUGCCUGAUAAUCACCUUCUCUAAGUCUAACAGCACAGAGUUAGUUUUUCAGGACCUGUGCCUUGUUGUUACCAGAUAGAAAUAAGCCCGAUUGCAGAAAACUAUGUUGAGUAAGAACAACUAAUCUGCUUGUCUAUUAUCGCUGGACAGGAUUUGUAUAUUUUUGUGUGUGUGUAAUUCAUACUUUUGUUUGUAAUUUGUUAUUAUUUUUUGUUCAGUUUUUGUAUAGUAAUUGUUUUAUGGAUCUUUCAGUUGAUCAAACUGCAUAAUCUAUGAGUAAUUUAGGUUGUUAUCAGUCAUAGCCUUUAAUAUUUAGAUAAAUUAUGUUUGAGGUUUUUUCCUCUUUUUCUUUUUUGCUUUGAUCAAAACAUUGUGAUCGUGUAAAAGCUGGUAAAUAUUGCUUAAAAAGCGUUCUUAUGAUCAAAAUGAAGAUUUUACAGUCAUUUUUGGUUUCAAGGGAUAUUCAAGGUGUCAUGUAAAACACACCAGUCUGUGAUUUUUUAGGUACUCAAAAAUUUUCUGUUAUUCAGAAAAAAUCUUACCAAUAAUUUGCUGAAUAUUAGCCUACUAGAAGAAAGUCAUUUUGAUCCUUCAUCAGGAAAUAUUUAUCUGUAACACCAUAAUUAUUUCUCACUCCGUACUCUACAUUAAUUUAUUCUCAUGUAUAGAAAAGCGAUUGAAUGAUUUUCAAUCAGAGUAGUUUUUGUUUGUGAAAUUUACAAUAGCACUAACUCACAAUUAUAUACUCCUAUGAGGUUGCAAAGGAAGAAGAAUUUAUCUGUCUCUUCCUUGGUAAGUGUUCCUCCUUUAGUCAAAAAAGUCAAUGUCACAGCUUUCUCUGCUUCUUAGUUUGAGUUAUCGCCACAAUUAUCGAUUGUUAAAUCGUCAGGAUUAUUUUUUAGAUCCUACAUGUAUUAAGUUAUAUAUUUACAAAAGAUAUUUAGCUACACUAAGUGUUUCAAGAUGGCAGAUAAGUCAUAUCAUGCAGACGAGUAACUCAGUAUUUUAGUGGACAAAGAGCCAGUCAAAUUCUCUGUUUGCUUUUUCUAUUCCCAAGAAUUUUAUCUUUGGACAAAUGAAUAAUAAGUGUUAUCGGCAGAAUGUACACUGAUGCCACAAACCACUUUAAGCAUUUCUCUUGAAGAGUUCCAGUAAGAGCUUGUGCGUAGUCAUUCAAUGAUUCACCCACACUUAAGAUCACAAUAUAAGAUACUCACUUCAGAAUAAAAAAAAUUGUUACACUUAUUUAUAAUAUUUUAGUCAAGUCAUUUCUCACCAAAGAUUUCUGUAAAAAUUUAUUGCUGUAACCUAACAGAGUGCUGAA